AUGUCUACUGUCGAUAUUCCCAAGCUUGAAGCGGGAAAUCUGUUCAAUGUCAAUGGCCUCGUGGCCGUGAUCACUGGCGGUGGCUCAGGACUCGGUCGCAUGAUGGCACGAGCACUGGCAGCCAAUGGAGCCUCAAAAGUCUUUAUCAUCGGCCGGCGUGAAAACAGCUUGAAGGAGACCGCUGAUUCUAUACCGGGAGGCACCAUCAUUCCCCUGGUUGGAGAUGUGACUUCGAAGGCUUCGCUUCAACAGUGCUUUGAAAAGGUCAAAGCAGAGGUCGACUAUAUUGAUGUCCUCGUGGCAAACAGCGGGAUAUCAGGUCCAUCAGUGCCGACGCUGGAUUCCAACCAGAACCCUGUAUCCAUUGAGCAACUUGCUACGAACAUGUGGAAGCCUGAACCGGAGGAGGUGACGCAGACAUAUGCCAUCAAUAUCACCGGUGUUCAUUUCACUAUUGCGGCAUUCCUCCCACUUCUGGAUGCGGCCAACAAAAGGAGACCUGCUCCUACAAAGGACAACUUCACCCCUCGUCCUCAGAUUAUCACCACGGGGUCUAUUGGAGGGUUCAAUCGCAAGCCUUUAGGCAAUCUCAGCUAUGGUGCUAGUAAGUCUGGGGUGAUGUUUCUUUCCAAACAGCUAUCAACGGCCCUCGUUCCUUAUGAUAUCAGAGUGAACACAAUCGCUCCGGGACUCUACUACUCGGAAAUGACCCAUGGAAUGUACCAAGCUCAAGGGAAGACCGAGAUUCACAAUGUUGAGGGCACUUUCAACAGAGAGGUCGUCCCUGCGACCAGAACUGGCGAUGAGCAGGACAUGGCAGGAGUCAUCUUGUGGCUCUGCUCGCGAGCCGGUGCAUACAUCAAUGGAUGUGUUGUGGUUACGGACGGUGGACGACUUAGUGUUAUGCCUGCAGCAUAUUAG